AUGAGGUUCGCUACCGCCGUCAUCGCCUUCCUCUCCGCCGGUCUCGCACCGGUUGGUGCCAGCGUCCUCGUCCAGAGAGACCAAUCCGUCAUCGUCAACGAGGCUUCCAAGGUCCCUGGCGAGUCUCCUCUGGAGUUCUGCGAUAAGGACCACAGCAAGGACGUCGUCUCCAUCGAGAGCGUCGACCUUUCCCCCAACCCUCCUCAGGCUGGUAAGGAGCUCAUCAUCAAGGCUUCCGGUACCGUCAAGGAGACCAUCGAGAAGGGCGCCUACGUCCUCCUGCAGGUCAAGUACGGCCUGAUUCGCCUUAUCAGCACGAAGGCGGACCUCUGCGAGCAGAUUGAGAACGUCGACCUCGAGUGCCCCAUCGAGAAGGGCGUCCUGAGCAUCACCAAGUCUGUCGAGCUUCCCAACGAGAUUCCCUCUGGCAAGUACACCGUCUUCGCUGAUGUUUACACCGCCGACGACGAGCCCAUCACUUGCUUGACCGCCUCUGUCGUCUUCUCCCGCAGCCAGAAGAAGAGCUUCUUCAGUCUCGAGCUUUAA